CAUUUUCUCAUGCGAAAUGACAAAUACCCUGCUAUAGCGAAUUUGCGCCAAAUAACUUGACAUUGGACAUCGUUAUACGCUUUUUUUUGACAUUCAGCUACCAAGAACAAAAUUUUGACUUGGCAUUCUAAAUUAUGUCUGACCAUUUUUCUCAUGCCAAAUGACUAUAUUUGACAUUAGAGAGCAACCACGCCAUCCCACUCACCUACCAAUUCUCUGAAAAAAAAAUAAAUAAUAUUUAUUUAUGUUUUUUGAGCAUGUACUUACCUACCAACUUAGUGACUUACCAAUAAUAUUUUAUUACAAAGGCAAAUCUAUCCUCACUCUCUUUUUUUUCCUACCUAGAUUUAUUUUAUAAAACCAUCAAUAAACAGCCCCUUGGAUUCAAGAAUUUUCUACAUCUUCAAAAAAAAAAAAAAAAAAAAAAAAAAAAAGGCCCCUUGGAUUCACCCUCAAAACCACUGCUUCAAGAAUUUUCGACAUCUUCUUCUUACCAACCCCACAAAACUAUACAUAUAUAUACACAAAGCUCAUAAUUGCAAUUAUAUCAAACAUUUUAAGUAAUAUAUAAUCAAAGAUCAUUACAUACCUCCAUAAGAGGGCAAAUAUGGGAACACACUCAAAAAAUAUGUCCAAAACUAAUUUUCUUAGCAACCUAAUCCUUCUUGCCAUUUUCAUCACUGUACUAACAUAUUCAUCAACUAACCCAAAAUUUUCCCUAUAUCUUGCAAUAUGUUUACCCAUCAUAUUGUACUUGGUCCAUUCCCUAUUCUCUUCCCAUGCACAAAAUUACGAAAAUACCCCUCCUAGUCCAUUUGCCCUCCCCAUCUUUGGCAAUUGGCUCCAAGUAGGAAAUGACCUAAACCACCGCCGAUUGGCAAACCUCUCUAAAUCCUAUGGCCCCAUCUUCCUCCUUAAGCUCGGUGUUCGAAACCUAGUCGUGGUCUCCAACCCUCAGCUAGCAUGUGAGGUCCUCCAUGCACAAGGGGUGGAGUUUGGUUCCCGACCUAGGAAUGUUGUCUUUGAUAUCUUCACUGGAGGCGGUCAAGACAUGGUUUUUACUGUCUAUGGUGAUCAUUGGAGGAAGAUGCGGCGUAUAAUGACGUUGCCAUUCUUCACCAACAAGGUGGUGAAUACUUAUAGCAAUAUGUGGGAAGAUGAAAUGGACAAGGUUGUUAGAGAUUUGAAGCAAAAUGAUAAUAUGAUUGGCAUCAAAGCGAAAACCGAAGGGUUUGUGAUUAGGAAGAGGCUGCAACUUAUGUUGUAUAACAUAAUGUAUAGGAUGAUGUUUGAUGAAGGUUUUGAGUCUAUGGAAGAUCCCAAGUUUAUGGAGGCAACCAAGUUUAACUCCGAAAGGAGUAGAUUAGCUCAGAGUUUCGAGUAUAAUUAUGGUGAUUUUAUACCUUUGCUUAGACCAUUUUUGAGGAGGUAUUUGAGCAAGUGCAGAGACUUGCAGCAGAGGAGGCUGGCUUUCUUCAACAACUACUAUGUUGAGAAACGAAGAAAAAUAAUGGCUGCAAAUGGAGAAAAUCACAACAUAAGUUGUGCUAUUGACUACAUUAUUGAUGCCGAAAACAGAGGAGAAAUCAGCAAGGAUAAUGUUCUCUACAUCGUUGAGAACAUUAAUGUAGCUGCCAUUGAAACGACCUUAUGGUCCAUGGAGUGGGCAAUAGCUGAGCUAGUUAAUCAUCCAAAAAUCCAACAGAAAAUCCGGCAAGAAAUCGCCACUGUGCUCAACGGAAAGCCAGUGACAGAAGCAAACCUUGAACAAUUACCCUACUUACAAGCGACAGUAAAGGAAACCCUAAGGUUACACACCCCUAUACCUUUGUUGGUACCCCAUAUGAACCUUGAAGAAGCUAAGCUUGGUGGGUAUACUAUACCUAGAGAGUCAAAAGUCGUGGUAAACGCGUGGUGGUUGGCUAACAACCCCGAGUGGUGGAAAAAUCCAGAAGAGUUCCGCCCUGAGAGAUUCAUUGAGGAGGAAGGAUCAACGGAUGCAACAGUGGGUGGUGGGAAGGUGGAUUAUAGGUUCUUGCCAUUUGGUGUAGGGAGAAGGAGUUGCCCUGGAAUUAUAUUGGCGAUGCCAAUUUUAGGGCUUAUAAUUUCGAAAUUGGUGACUAAUUUUGAGAUGAAACCUCCACCAGGAGAAGAAAAGAUUGAUGUGAGUGAGGAAGGAGGACAGUUUAGUUUGCAUAUUGCCAAGCAUUCAACUGUCCUCUUCUCUCCCAUAUAAUGGUUUAUGAUUUAUGCGCCAAUAUUGCGCAGCUAUAAGACCUAGGUUUAUUUUGAGAUCUUAUACUGUAAUUUACAGUUUGUUUGUAAUUUGUUCUCAAGACAACAUGUAAAUUUCUAGUUUUCUCUGUAAGAGUUCCACAUACUUCGUAAUAAGGGAAAAUGUUGUCAUCUUUAA